GUGACGUAGCUGCUUUCAUGUCAAAAAAAAAAAUGAUACGAGGUUUGGGGCUGACCGUUACAGAACUGAUGUUCGCGCGAACGACAGCAAUCAGAUAUGCGGGAAAGUGAGACAAGCCCGCACGUCUCGUGGAAAUGAUGGUUCGCUUUGGAGUCGACUUCCCGACCAUGACGCCCCUGGAAGCGGAACAGACAAAGGGGCUCAGAUUGGCCAGUUCUUCUUACUGGGAUCUCAUGAUAGCUUCUGCUCCAGACGACGGGGAGGACAGCAGUUCGGAUGAGUCAGAGCUCUCCGUCGGGUGGGAUGCUGGAGACCAGAUGGAUCCACUUCCCACCCAAGGAACCCCAGAAUACACUGAAACCGUGACCAGGCAUAUAGAAAAUCUGCUGCAGUGCUACGUGUCUGUGCAGACAACAACUCAGGUAGGGUCUCUCCUGUGAUUAAGAGCGAGUCAGUCAGUCAGUCAGUCAGUCAGUACAUGAGCUUAGAACCCAUUAUUCCAAAUAACCAUAAUACACGCAUUUAAAGAUCCUCUUCAUCAGCCAGGCCUUGUUUUAGAUGACCAACUAGAUAUAUCUUACCCUUUUAUAACAGGCACUGCAAGUCACAGCUGCAGAAGCAACACUAACGCGAAGACCCAGUGGCAGCUCUGGGAUGGUCAGACGAAGAAAGCAGACAACUCCCAGACGUGCCAGAGCAUCCCAGGUGUCCGCAGAAGCGCCAGCAGCUGACGAUCAAAGACCGAGGGAUGAAGAAGCACGGCAGGAAGCACCACCCGACCCCCGGGAGCGUCUGCUGGCACUACCAGGAAUCAUAGCAACACGCCUACCCAACAGAGAGUCUUUGGACAGGCUUCAAAAGUACCUGCAGGAAAAUCAACCUUGCGACCCACAACAGGUGAACUGAAAUUUAAAAAAUAAAGAACUACACAUUGAUUGACAAAAUGAUUUGAUAGGUGCUAACUUCAAAAAUAUUAGAUUGGCAUUUGCUGGUGGCAUUUUCACUUGCAGCCUAUUUCCUCCGAGAGCAAGUCAUCUUGAGAUGUAUUUAUGACAGGUCACAGUCAAAGUUGGGUCCAAAUUUUUCUUACUUAGGCUGAUUUUGGGUUUCUUCUUAUUACUAUGAUGAUUAUAUUUUUUAAGUUUUUUUUUUCUUUUUUUCUUUUCAUAGCCCUAAUGGGAAAUUAGAUUAGUGAUCUUGAAAUUCCUCAUUCUGAAUAGUUGGGGCUAGGAGACAGAGGAAAUUGAGACUCGAUCUUUGUCAAAAACUUUUUUAACCCAAAUUUAAUUUUGACCUGUUAGAGGCAGGGGGAAAUUGAGAAUGAACCAAUGGUAGGUUAAAAAAUUUUCACCUGAUUUUAAUUUUUUAAUUUUCACUACUUGCACGAAGCAUGCUUUAUUAUUAUUAUAUUUUUUUCUUUUUGUACUUUAUUGAUGCAAAGCGCCCAAUGGAAAUAGGAGGAUUUGAGACUUAGUGCUUUACAGGCGGGUAGAUGCACUCAAAGUACUAAGUACUCUAAGUGCAUUUACCCGACUGUAAAGUAUGCUGUAAAGUGAUCUUGAAAUUCCCCAUUCUGAAGAGUUUGCAUCGCGUACUCCAACAGUUUAAAAUUCAUCAAAAUUAAUUCAAUGCAACUCAGCAGGUAAACAUUAACAAUAACUUUGUGAGGUCCGUGGAGGUACCUAUCUCACCUGUUGCUUUUUUUUUCUCCCUAGGUAGAACAACCGGCCAGAUCUUCAGACACAGGCUUUACAGCAGGCUAG